AUGCUGAUGAGAGUUGUCACUAAAUGUUGGAGAUCUGUUGUCCUGAAGCGUCUGAACGAUACUGGUGGUGGCGGGAUCUUUAGUUUUGUUUGUCGAGACAGUUCUACUGGGGCUUCAAUUUCAACAAUAUAUGCUUUAUCAUCAGGUCACGGAAAAUGUGGAGUAGCUGUGGUACGUGUAUCAGGAAAUAAAUCAUUGGAAGCAUUAAAUAAAAUGACAAAUUUAUCAAAUCCUUCACCACGGCAAGCAUUUUUAAGAAAAAUUUACGACCCACUUACUGGUGAUAUAAUUGAUAAAGGAUUAUGUCUUUGGUUUCCAGGCCCGAAUUCAUUCACCGGUGAAGACAGCGUAGAGUUCCAAGUCCACGGUGGCCCAGCAGUGAUAGAAUCUCUCAUGUCAGCGCUGUCAAAGCUAAAAUUAAAGCCCGCAGAACCUGGUGAAUUCACAAAGCGCGCUUUCUACAACGGGAAGCUCGAUUUAACAGAAAUAGAAGGCCUGGCAGAUUUGAUCCACGCCGAAACGGAGCAACAGCGAAAGCAAGCUCUGCUCCAGGCGGACGGAAGUCUCAGUAAAUUGUACAAUUCUUGGAAAAAAAAAUUAUCCACUUCGCUAGCUAACAUCGAGGCUUACAUUGAUUUCGGCGAGGAUGACAAUAUCGAGCAAGGCGUCCUGGAAAAAUGCAACGACACGACCAGAGCUCUGGUGGCUGAAAUCUCUCAACACCUCGCUGAUGGACGCCGGGGAGAAAUUUUGCGCACUGGAGUACGCACUGUCAUAAUUGGCCAGCCUAAUGUGGGAAAAAGCAGCUUGCUUAAUUAUCUGGCGUGCAGAAAUGCCGCGAUUGUUACUCCUAUUGCCGGGACUACGAGAGAUAUUGUUGAGUUAAGCACAAAUAUAUCAGGCUAUCCUGUUAUUCUAGCGGAUACAGCGGGACUAGUUACCUCUACUGAGGACAUUGUUGAAAAAGAAGGCAUAAAGAGAGCGAGGUCUUACGCUACUACUGCAGAUUUUAUUAUCUUGAUGAUUGAUGUCUCCAAUUUUUUGUCAAGUGGGAAAUCAUUUCAAGACUAUUUGCAUUACUAUGUUGAUCAGCUGGAAAUAAGAGAUUUAAUUAAAGAAAAAAGAGGCAAUUUUAUUAUUAUUGUUAAUAAAAUUGAUUUGGUUAAAUAUGAUGACUAUAAUAUUGUUAAUGAUUUAAGAGAGUAUGGAGCCAUUCCGAUUUCUUGUGAUAAAGAAGAUGGAUUUAGUGAUUUGUUACACGCUUUGACGAUUAAAUUUAAAGAUUUAUGUGGAAAUCCAUCAAGAGAAAAUCCAACAAUAAGUCAAACUAGGCAUCGAGUGCAUUUAAAAACCUGUGUUAAUUACUUAAAUAAUUAUUUAGGAAUAGUUAAUAAUUACGAGUACGACAUGGUAAUUGCUGCGCAACAAAUACGAUUUGCAAUGAGAGAAUUGGGUAAAAUAACUGGUCACGUUAGUAGCGAAGAAAUUUUAGAUAUUAUUUUUAAAAAUUUUUGUAUUGGUAAAUAA